GUGGUGGACUUUAAGAUAAGCCGUGGUUAUAUAUAUCAACAUGCAUCGGUUUCUUACACUCCUCGCUAUAGGGGCCCUCACCCUGGCAGAUACCAACACGAAUAACUUCAAUCCCCUCCACCAUCUGGCCGGAAUUUCCCCUUACUUUACACCCAAUGAUCCUCAACUCGACCCCUCGGUACCACAGGGCUGCAAUGUCACCCGCGCAGCUUAUCUUGCGCGUCAUGCCGCCAUCUACGCCAACGAUUUUGACUAUGAGAGCUAUCUCGAGCCAUUUAUCCAGAAGCUGCAAAAUACCACUCAAGAUUGGUCCAAAGCAGGAAGCCUCUCGUUCCUGAGCGAUUGGAAGGCGCCCAUCACCGAGGCGCAUCUCGAGAAAAUCACCCGAGUCGGUCUACAGGAAUCGAUGAUGUUUGGCAUCAACAUCCACGACAAGUAUCCAAACUUCAAAACACCAAAGAAUGUAUGGACGUCAACAGCCGAGAGAACCGUCAAGACUGCACAGGGGUUUAUCCUUGGAUACACCGGCAAUGAAACGACCCAAAUCAACGUCACCCAGGUCGGGGAAUACAAGCACGCCGCAGCCAACUCCUUAACCCCGUACCAAAGCUGCCCGGCAUACAGCUCCAGCUACGGCUCCAAGCAGUCCAGCGAAUUUGUCUCCCACUACACCAAACCCAUCAUCGCGCGCCUCCAAGCCCAAGCCCCCUCCUUCAACUUCACCGCCGACGACAUCAUCGCCAUGUUCGAGUUCUGCGGCUACGAGACCGUCAUCCGCGGCUCCUCGCCCUUCUGCUCCCUCGACCUCUUCACCGCAACCGAAUGGCUCGCCUUCGAGUACGGGAACGACCUCAUGUACUUCCACAACACAGGCUACGGCCGCGAGUUGUCCCCCGCCAUCGGCUUCCCCUGGCUCAACGCAACGAGGACCAUCCUAGCAGACGAUUCGGCCGCUCAAGACCUCUACGUCUCGUUCACCCACCGUGAGCUCCCGCCAACUGUGCUCACCGCGCUGGGCCUAUUCAAUAACAGCGCCUACUCCGGCGCGGACGACGUCAACGCUACCAUGCCCACGGACACGAUCAACUACUUCCGUGCGUGGAAGAGCAGCCAGAUCCUACCGUUCUUGACGAACAUUGCGAUUGAGAAGAUGGCGUGUGAUUCCUAUGGGUACGACGAUGGGGUGUACUACCGCGUCCUGGUCAACGAGGGUCCGCAGCCGCUUGUGGGGUGUCGCGAUGGGCCGGGGGAGAGUUGCUCCGAGGAGGCGUUUGGGCGGUUUGUGCAGCAAAAGGGAGAGAGCUCCAAUCCCCCUACAAGCCUCAUACGGCUCCCCGACAGCAAUCAUAUACCUCUCUGCAUCCCCCAGGAACCCCCUCCGAAAGUCCAAACAUCGCUUAUCCACAAACAACCCGCCCCGACAACUCACAUCAACCGCAUAUCGGAAGAACUGCUUAUUGCUGCGGACGUUCUCCGCGCCGCCCUCCUCCGCGUGCCGGAUUUUGGCGUCCACGCUCAUGGCGUAGUGCAUGCAGUCUGCGCAGUAGGCGGUGGUGCUGUGGGUGGAUGA